AUGAAUCCCCCGGAGUUCACGGCUUCAAACCACAGCGAGGAUCCAGAAAACUUUGUGUAUGAGCUUCAGAAGGUGUUUGAAGUUAUGCAUGUUGUUGAUACUGAGUGUGUUGAGUUGGUUUCAUAUCACCUCAAGGGUGUUUCCAAGAUAUGGAAUGAUCACCAGAUCCAAAAUUCUCAAAAUUUCCAAGCUCAGGGUCUUCAGUCUCAUGGAAGACGAGGUGUUUGGAGCCCACCUUGUGCUAAGUGCGGUAGGACCCACCAGGAAAGUGUCAUGAUGGCACAAAUGGGCUGCCUAAAGAAGUGCUACUUCAGGAACAUUCGGGGUACAAACCGUCUAUAUGCUAUGGCUAAUCUCCAGGAUCAGGAGAACUCACAUGAUGUUGUUACUGGUAUGCUUAAAGUCCUUUCUCUUGAUGUUUAUGCCUUACUUUAUCCAGAAAAUAGAGGCAGUGAAGAAUUCGCCCAGACCUACAUCCUAGACUGGAAUAAGAAGUUUCUUGGGUUUGGUUGGUUACUACAAAAGAAUGGUAAGGUUAUAGCAUAUGCAUCUAGGCAGCUAAAAAUCCAUGAGAAGAAUUAUCCGACUCAUGAUCUCGAAUUGGAAUUAGUGGUGUUUGUUCUUAAGAUAUGGCGUCAUUAUCUCUAUGGCGUGCAUGUGGAUGUGUUCACUGACCACAAGAGCCUUCAGUAUGUUUUCAGUCAAAAAGAGCUUAACCUUAGGCAGAGGAGAUGGCUAGAGUUACUUAAGAAUUAUGACAUGAAUAUUCUCUACCACCCAGGUAAGGCUUAUAUUGUUGAUGAUGCCCUUAGUAGGUUUUCCAUGAGAAGUAAUGCUCAUGUUGAUGAAGAAAAGAAAGAGUUAGCAAAGGAAAUGCAUAGACUUGCAUGUUUGGGAGUUCAUUUAGUAGACUCCGGUGAAGAUGGAGUUGUUGUAAUGAAUGGGGUUGAAUCAUCCUUGGUGUUGGAAGUGAAAGAGAAGCAAGAGAAGGACCCCAUCCUACUUGAGUUGAAGGCAAAUGUUCAUAAAUAG